AUGGAACAACCAAAUGAUGUCACAAAAGAAAAUAAUGAUAAUACUUCUGAAUCAAAUGAAACAACAAUAAAUAUACCACCAACAAACAAUAUCACCACCACCACUACUACCACUACAAAUACGAAUAUCAAUACAAAUACAAAUAAAAAUACAAAUACAAAUACAGAUGAUAGCAAAACUACAACCAACGAAGAAAAUGAAGAUGAUUCAUCUUAUGAAUAUAUACAGGGACAAAGAAUUUGUAUAAUUAUUGACUCUGACGAAAGCACAAAUAGAGCACUCAACAAAGCAUUAGAAACUUUUGAUAAAGAAAAAGACGAACUUUAUCUUUUAGCUGUAACAAGUUCUUUAGAUUAUUUAAAUGAUGAAAAAAAUGAUGCAAAAUUAACUUUAUAUAAAUAUGAACAUUAUUUUGAUUCUAUUGGUAUUGAAUAUACACCAAUCCAAGUUGAAUCAAUUAGUAUAACAUCAAAAAUAAUAUCAGAAUUGGAAGAGAAUGAAAUUGAUCUUGCCUAUGUUGGUGCACAAGCAUUAACUAAUGUUUCAAAUCCAGAUAAUAUUAUAUUUUCAGCAUUUAGUUUUAUUAAACAGGUAUUUUUAGGAACAAUUGUAUCUGGUUUAAAAAGUGCAUCAGAGAAAAAAGAUUGUAAAUGGAAACUUGAAAUUGUUAAUUAA